AAGGCGCCUGCAAGGAGGGAAUGAAGGAGGGGGCUCAAGGAGGGGAUCUGGACUCCAUACGAUGAGGGCUCACUUCCAUCUAUAAAGUGCUAGGAUUUGUACUGUAAAUAAUCACACCCUCCUCCAUCGAACCUCAUACUCGAAAAUCACUCUUCUUCAUCAACAACAAUCAAUGGCUACUCCUUGCGAGAAAACGGUUCUUCCACCAGCUUUGGAUUCUACUUCCGAACCACCUCCCAUCUUCGAUGGAACUAUCAGGUUGUAUAUCUCUUACACGUGCCCAUUUGCGCAGCGUGCUUGGAUUGCCAGGAACCAUAAGGGUCUACAAGACAAGAUCAAAUUGGUUGCUAUUAACCUUCUAAACAGGCCCGCUUGGUACAAAGAGAAAGUUUACCCAGAAAAUAAGGUGCCAUCACUGGAGCACAACAACAAAGUCAUUGGAGAGAGUCUAGAUUUACUUAAAUACAUUGACAGUAACUUUGAAGGGCCCUCACUUUUACCUAAUGAUCCUGCCAAGCGUCAGUUUGCUGAAGAGAUGUUAUCCUACUCUGACACAGUCAACAAAACAGUGUUUACUUCUUUCAAAGGAGAUCCGGCAAAAGAAACUGGUGGUGUUUUGAUUACUUAGAACCGCUCUUCACAAAUUUGAUGACGGGCCUUUCUUCCUUGGGCCAAUUAAGUAUGGUGGACAUGGCCUAUGUUCCAUUCAUUGAACAGUUUCAACUCUUUAUACAAGAGGUGUGGAAGUAUGACAUCAUGGCAGGACGACCUAAACUAGAGGCAUGGUUUGAAGAGAUGAACAAGGUCGAUGCUUACAAGCAAUCAAAAUACGACCCGAAAGAAAAUAUGAAAAUAUGGAAGAAACACUUUCUGGUUCAGGAGUGAAUAUGGAAGCAGAGAUUUCGAACUAUGAAUUAAAUAAGUGGCUUGAUGGCUAUUAUCAAUGUCUCCAGUGUAAAACUCAGCUGUACACUGACGGGUAUGUGGACUCGUUUAUGUCUAGGUGUUGCAAAAGGUUGUGGUCGGCAUGUUUGUGAAGCUUAAUAAGUUUGUAUACUGUAAUGUGUUUGUGAGUCUUGUUAUGUUUUUGUUUUUGGUUUGCUUUUUGUUACACCAGAAUUCAGACUAAAUGCUAGUUUUGUAAUGUGAUCAUUGAAUAAUAAAGGUUCUGAUCUUUUUAUGUGGCUA